AUGGGCGACAACCAGGAUGCUGCCACCAACAUCGCUGAUGUUGCGGCUGCUGCCGCCAACGCUGGACGGUACACGUUUCUGUCCUUCUCGUUUCAGAUCUUACUAGAGUUCCUAGUAUUGGAAGGUUACAAGAAAUUCGAUGUUAUGUUUAAGGCGGCUCUCUUCAGUAUUCUUGCGUACAACAUUGUUGACCCGUACAUGACUUUUGAGCAUGGUAAGGAUGCAUGGGAUGCACUCGAGGCCAAAUUUGGGGUCUCGGAUGUUGGCACUGAGUUGUAUGUCAUGGAGCAAUACUAUGACUACAACAUGACUGGCAAAGGCAAGUUUGAUGGCAAGAACAAGGCCUCACACUCAACCAACUUCAAGAAGAAGACUGAUAAGAAGAAAGGGUCUUGCCACGUCUGUGGUGAGCCUGACCAUUGGGCUCCUAAUUGCCCUAAUCGCUAUGAUAAGCGUGGGAACGGCGGUAAGACCGCUAAUGUUGUUAUUGCUGGCGAUACUGAGAUGAAGGACGGUGGGUACGGUAUUUCCCCUACUGUCAUUUCAGAAACAUCAAAGUAUAUGGAAAACAGAGAUAUAUUUGAUUGCAUUGACGUGAAUCUCCAACCAGCCUUUGACCACCCAUUGUUAAAAGGCCACAACGUUCAGAUGAAACCUAGUUCUUUCCCAUUAGGGCUGGACAUCGAAUCUCUGACGCGACAUGGUGUAUCACAAGUACAACCACCAAUCGUUGAAUGCCCAAUGGGAACAAUCCCGAUACUACGCAAUCAUAGAAAGAACCAUAUUGCAAGACAAAGUAUUGAUGACGUGAGUGGCACAAAUAACCAACAAGAGGAGGCGGGAAUCGAAUAUCGGGAUGAUGAUAUAUAUGGGACGCAGGCUAUAAUAAAUGUCUAUGAGCCAAAGGUCAAGAAAGAUAGUAAGGAUCUUAGUGCAGCAGGGUUAAACAUUAAUAACGGACCAGAAGGGGGUCAGGCAGACACAAUUGGUGCUGGUUAUUCAGUAUCCCCGAGUCUGAGUGGAGAUGGCUUCGCAAGGUUCCAUGUUGCUUGGGAUGAAGGCGUACAAAACAAGUCGUGCUAUGAUCUCAAAUGUCCUGGUUUCGUGCAAAUUAGCAAUACAUUUGGUCUUGGAGGAAGACUACAGCCCGUUUCAGUCUAUAAUGGACCACAGUAUGUAAUAAACAUACUUAUUUUCAAGGACGCAGACACUAAGAAUUGGUGGCUGAUAUAUGGUGAAGAGAAGAAACCAAUUGGAUAUUGGCCAAACGACUUAUUCACAUACAUGAAGGAUAAAGGUAAUUAUGCAUUCUGGGGCGGGCAUGUUUCAGGACCAACGGCCUCAACAGACUCUCCGCAAAUCGGUAGUGGGCAUUUUGCCUCCGAAGGGUAUGGAAAAGCAGCUUUUACAAAAAACAUCAAACUUGUUGAUGGAAACAACUAUCUCGUUAAUCCAAGGGAGAAGAAAGCUAAAGCUGGAACUACCAGUUCAUCCAAAUACACAGUCGAUGGUUACGAAAUCGACAAGGAUGGUAUGCAUACAUACUAUGGUGGACCAGGUGAUUUAGCCUGA